ACGGAGUAUCUGUAUUUUCACAGUUUCUUUUUUCACAGUUUAUACGAGCAACUUUAUCAAAUAUGAAAUUAAAUACAUAAUAUUCAUCAUCACGUGAUCAUAAUCACAAUUCAAGAUGAUAUGGACCGGCAUUCUGUAUAUUCCAGCUAUAAUCGCACUUUUCUAUUGGAAUAAUUUAUUAUGGUGCUACUUUUUUGUUUUACUAACCAUAUCUUGCUUCUUUUUGGGAUGUUUGAUUGUCAUAUUCAUCAACAUUGCUCUUUCUCUGAAACAUCACACUACUGCAACAACUUCAAAAACAAUUGCAGAAAUGGAUGCCUUUCAUAAUCUGUUGAUGAAGGGGUAUGUAGCUAAAACUGAAAAUACUAAGAAACAUGUCAGAUAUCCAUUGGUUUUUACUCGUAUGGUGGAUGGAGCUUUGCAGAAUUUAUUGGACUUAAUUUUUCAAGACUUUGUUGGUCUUUGGUUAAAUGAAUUGGCUUUUAAUUCUGAACAAAUAAUUGACAAUAUGAAGCAAGACACAUGGGGUGCAAUUCAAACUCUUCAUGAUCGUUUAUCAAAAGUGGAUCAUACAAAACUAGUUGUUUGUAGUAUAGUAAAUAAAAUUACAUUCCAUUUUGAAAAAAUUAGACUUGCUCAAACAGCUUCAACACAAGGUGAAGAUCCAGUAUUUAUUUUAUCUACACACUUAAUGUCACCUACAGCCGAACUAGACUAUUUGAAGAAGGUCAGUGAAUUGUAUAUCUUAUUUUUGUUGCCACCUUGUUAUUCUCUUGCUCCAAUGAAAUAUUUAUUGAGGGAAAUUCUUACAUGCAAAAUACUAAAACCAGCAAUAGACUUAAUAACAAAUCCAGACUAUAUCAAUCAGAAAAUUUUAUCAUAUAUUGAUCAACAACAACUUGCAGAAGCAAUGCACAGGAAAACUUAUGAAUAUGCUGAAUCAUUUGAGGACUUCAUUCGUAUGAUUAAAAGCUCUAAAGAUCUAGAGGUUUUAAAGCAUAUCAGAUAUAAUAUUGUUACUGAAAUUAUGCAAGCUACAACAAUACAAAAUAUUAAAAGAGCGCAAGGUUUAGAUCCAGAUACUAAUGCAUUUGGAAAGUCUGAUGCCAUUCAAGCUCGAAAAUUGACGAGGUAUAUCAGUCAACUAACAUAUGCUAAAAAUACAUGUGAAUGUCACAUGCAAUCAUUAGGAUGGAAUGGAUAUCCUGUUCAGGCUAGUGAUGUUACCGAUGCAGCAGUUACAGAAGAAAGAAUUUUGCCAUUGCAAUAUAUCUUAGACAAUGUGAUAGGUAGACGAUACCUUUCUCAAUUUCUCGAACAAGUUGCCAGUCAGGAUUUGAUUGGGUAUUGGGCAGCUGUACAAGAAUUACGCAAUGCAGAUAAAUCUAAUUGGCAUCAAUUGGGAGCUGAAAUCUUUUACACUUAUAUAACAUCUCCAACAGCUGAAAUAAAAGUUGACAGAGCUAUUCGUAAGAAAAUGGAAAGCUUUUUGUUAGGUGAUAUAGGGCCAAAUGUAUUUUACGAAGUUCAAGAUAAUGUUGUUAAAAUUUUGGAAGAAAAGUAUUAUCCUUCUUUUAUGGUUAGUGAUCAAUAUAAAAAUAUGCAAGAAGCAUUGCUUAAUGAAAGAGUAGAUGACUUAGUGGAGGAUCGACAUAUGGGAAAUGGAACAUUAUCAGAAAAUAUAUCUUUAUUCGUUGGAGAACAUUCAAACUAUGCUCGCAGUAAAUUGGACCAAUUACAAGAAAAAUUAAAUAAUAAAAUGCAAGCUUUACAAGCAUUAAAAUCUUCGUUAAAACCAGAAAGUAAGGUUCUAAACUUUUUGGCCAAAGAAGUUGAAUGGUUACAAAGUGAGAAAAAGCAAUUAGAAGCCCAUUUAACUCAUACAGAAAUGUGGGCAGAACAUUUGGGUCAUUGGAGAGCAGAAGUGCAAAGUGCAGAAGUACCAGAUAAUGGAGAAUCUCCACAGUUUGUUUUAGUUGUCCAUAUGACAGAAGGUGAAGACAACACUGAAAGUAUAUAUAGUGGUUGGGUCGUACUAAGAAAAUUACAAGAUUUUCAAGAUCUUCACAGAAAACUUCGCCAAUUGUGUUCUAAUGUGAAAAAUUUAGAUUUACCUUCGCAACCUUUAAAAUUUUUUGGAAAAUCUGAUAAAAAUACUUUGGACAAAGCUAAAAUGCAAAUACAAAAAUAUUUAAAUUUUGUUUUAGAAGAUGAAAAAUUGAAUCAGAGCGAGGCUUUAUAUACAUUCCUUAGUCCAAGUUCAGAACAUUUGAAAUAUGCUCCUCCUUCUCCUAAAAAAUCUCGAUUCUCUUUAUCGACAUUAUUUAAAACAUCUAACAACAACAGUGAAUUGCGUGAUAAGGAAGAGGAAGAAGAUUUUUCACUGCUAUUAGAUGAUACAGAUAGUGGUCGAUCAGCCACGGACGGAAUUUUUAAUGUUAAUAAAGAUGCAAUAGCAGAACCACUUUAUACACUUUUAGGUGAAAUUUUCGAUCUACGAGGAGUAUUUCGAUGGCUUCGACGGUCGUUAAUUACCUUCGUUCAAAUUACCUAUGGCCGAACUAUAAACAGGCAAAUCAGAGAUACUAUUGCAUGGGUGUUCUCAGAGCCAAUGCUUCAUUACUAUAUACAAUUGUUUACGAAAUCAUGGUGGCCAAAUGGUCAUUUAGUUUUUGAAGCAACUUUUCGUACGGACGAAGAAAAACUAAAAACGAGAGGCGAAGCACGAAGACAGUUCUUAAAUAACAUUCCUGAUGUCUUAACAAAUUUAGUAGGAGCACAAAGUGCACAACGUGGUGCAAUAAAAAUAUUUGAUUCUUUACAGAAUGUGAAUUUAAAUAAACAAUUAUUCUAUGAUAUCUUUGAAGUUCUGAUGUACGAAGUAUUUCCGGAAUUUAAACGAAAACAAUAAACUUUGCUUAAAAUUAUAA